AUCAAGUGUCUAGCUUGACUAGAUUAAUGGCUUCUUGUAUUGUAUCAACACCUACACCUCUUUCUUCGGCUUCUGGUUUCCAAUGGCGUAGACUAAUUAUGUCACAAACAGCUACCAGAAGAAUAAUCAUUGCACAAAAUCCAGUACGGUGCAUUACUAACUGUGAACUUAGAAAUUCAACAGUCUUUAGGCGAUCAGGAAACUACCAACCUUCCAUUUGGGACGAUGAUUAUCUGCAGUCAUUGACCUGUCACUAUACGGGAGAUAAAUACACAAAACAAGCAGAAAGCCUGAAGGAAAAAGUGAGGACAAUGAUUAACAAAGUGGACAAGCCAUUGGAUCAACUCGAACUGAUUGACAACUUGCAAAGACUUGGAUUGGCAUAUCACUUUGAAACUGAGAUAAACACCAUAUUGCACAGCGUCCACAAUUGCAUCGAUGAUAAAUGGAAGAAAGAAAAUCUAUAUGCAGCCUCUCUUGAAUUUAGACUCCUCAGGCAACACAAUUAUUACAUUUCUCAAGAAACUUUUAAUAGUUUCAAGGACAAGACGGGCAGUUUCAGGGAGAGCCUUUGUGAUGAUAUCAAGGCAAUACAUAGCUUAUAUGAAGCAGCAUACUACGGCUUAGAAGGCGAAAGCAUCAUGGAGGAGGCCUUUGAGUUUACCACUAAACAUCUCAAAGCUCCUGAUAAGCAUGCCUUGAGGCUUCCUCCGCAUUGGAGUGCACCAAGAUUAGAGGCAAGGCGAUAUAUAGAUGUAUAUGAGACAAGCGAAAACAAGAACCCCCUUUUACUCAAGCUCGCUAAGUUGGAUUUCAACAUUGUGCAAGGAAUGCACCAGCAAGAACUUAAGGACAUGUCAAGGUGGUGGAAGAAUAAUGGUCUUGGAGAGAAGUUGAGUUUUGCCAGAAACAGGUUGGUAUCAUCAUUCUUAUGGACUGUGGGGAUAGCAUUUGAACCUCAGUACACAUACUGCAGGAAAAUGCUUACAAAAGCCAUUGCUCUAAUUACGGUAAUUGACGACAUUUAUGAUGUCUAUGGCACCUUGCCUGAACUUGAGUUAUUCACUGAUGCUGUUGAGAGGUGGGAUAUUAAAGCAAUGAAACAGCUUCCAGAUUACAUGAAAAUAUGCUUUUUGGCGCUUUACAACUCUCUCAAUGAAAUGGCUUUUGACAUUCUCAAAGAACAAGGUUUAGACGUUGUGUCAAAUCUACAAAAAGCAUGGGUAAAUUUAUUACAAUCCUACCUGGUGGAAGCAAAAUGGUAUCACAGUCGAUAUACACCAACGCUCGAGGAAUAUAUGAAAAAUGCUUGGAUAUCGAUAACAGGACCUAUAAUAGCAGUUCAAGCAUAUCUGUCUGCAGCAAAUCCGAUAAUAGAGAAGGAAUUGGAAUUUUUAGAAAACAGUCUUGAUAUAUUAUACUGGUCAUCAAUGAUUUUUCGCCUUCAAGAUGAUUUGGGGACUUCAUCGGCUGAAUUAAAGAGAGGAGAUGUUCCUAAAUCAAUCCAGUGUUACAUGCAUGAAACCGGUGCCUCAGAGGAAGCUGCUCGUGAACACAUGGAGAAUCUAGUGAGGCAAAUGUGGAAGAAGGUGAAUGUAUGCAGAGCUGCAGAUUCUUCCUUAUCUAAAACUAGUACUGAAAUCAUAUUGAAUCUCGUCAGAAUGUCGCAUUGUAUGUAUCAACAUGGAGAUGGGCAUGGUGUUCAAGACAAAGAGACCAUGGAUUUUGUGUUGUCAUUGCUAUUUAAACCCAUCCCCUUAUAGAAGAAAAUUAUAUUUUUGCAUUAAUCAUUAUCUCGUAGUAAUGCAGAAUAAUUUUUAAGGUGUGUCAAUGGAUUUCUUUUCAUCUCUAUGAAAGAAUCAAUAAAAUUUAGAUUAA